GCGAGUGACGUCAUCGGCGCGCGCCGCUCUCGGUCUGCGACCAUAACAACGCCUGAUAGCCCUCACUUUGAUCGAUUUCAUUGAUAGCGCAAUAUUGAUCGGAAUUUAUUCGCACUGCCUUUAAGAUCCCGCACACAUCGUCCCUGAGAGCGACACACGCGUGCAGAUUAGACAAGUACAUCCACACUGCGGGGAAUUCCAGCGUCUGCGUGUCGAUGGAGGAGUCCUAAACACAGAGCGGGUGGAGAGGACCCCGGGAGGAAUGGGGUAGCGUUCUCGAUGAGGGUCCCGGCAGCAAACAGCUCCAUUAAGGCAGAGUCCGGCUCGGGUGAGAUGCCUGAGAAUGGACGCUCCAGGAGGAAACGGGUGCCGAAGACGUGCGACUGCUGCGGGCCCCACGGCAAGCCCCACGCGCUGAAGAAACGCGGCCGCAAGAAGAAAGAGAUGCUGAGCCAAGAAGAAGAAGUGGCGGCGGAGGAGGUGGUGAGCUCGGCGGCUGUGGACUCGGUGGUAACUUUGGAAGCGGACGCAGCUUCUGAGAUGGAGGAGGCACCGUCUCCUAAAGGGAGGACUGAGGGUGGGAGGGAAAGAACCGUCCUGGUGAACGGCUUGGAGAACAGCGCUCAUGCCAACUGUACACAUCCCAGUGACAACACAGAGCUGAGCCGUUCUGCCACGCUGAAUGACUUAACAAAGAAGCCGGACGUUUGCACUCACACUGAUGCCAUGGAAGCCGAGCCGUCCAGCUUGAGCACUAAUGUAAACAAGGCCUCCUGGGACCAUCACUACUGCAAGCCCCUCGCUGGGGAGAACCAGAGCCACUCCAGGGAGGAGACGGGCCAGCCGUCUGCAUCGCCUCCUCUCGAGUUUACAACUGAGGGCAUCAUCGAGUGGAUUCAUGAAUUCCUCGAGCAGUUCUAUGGGAAAUACGGAAGCUUCACCCCAUUAAGUGAUACCGACGUCCUCGAUCACCUAAAUAAGACGUUUCAGUCUGAUCUAAAUGACAGGAUGAAGCUGAUAACAGCAGAAGUGGCCAAGUACAGGGCUGGUCUGGCCUGUGCUCCUGUGCAUUUCUUCCAAGUGACCUACAACAAGCACACUUUGACCUUAGAUGACCUUUCAACACUCGAUGACCAAAACUGGGUCAAUGAUCAGGUGAUUAACAUGUAUGGAGAAUUGAUCAUGGAAGCUACAAAUCAUAAGGUAAAAGCAUUAAUGGUUGAUCUGUUUUCUAAGACACUGAUCCUGAUUCCUCUGCACCUGGAGAUCCACUGGUCGCUCAUAACCCUGGACGUCUCCAAGCAAAGCAUCAACAUCUUCGACUCUCAGGGCAUCCUGUUCAAGUUCGCUGUGGAUAACAUCCUGAAGUACAUCCUGGCAGAAGCCAAGGAGAAGAAACAAGCCGUGUUUCAGAAGGGCUGGAAGAUGGUCAUCAACAGGACCAUUCCACAGCAGAAGAACGACAAUGACUGCGGGGUUUUUGUCCUGGAGUACUGCAAGUGCCUGGCGUUCAUGAAGCCGCUGCUCUUCACUCAAGAGGACAUGCCUCGCGUCCGCAAGAGGAUCUACAGAGAGCUGUGUGACUGCAGACUGUCCGGCUGUCUACACCAAGACAAAGCCUCGUAGACUGGUGUCUGGAUGAUGAACGCAACAGGAGGGAAAGGACUUCACAGCAGGACAAAGAAACCCAGAGUUCUGGACAGGCAAAGCUGGAAGGCCCCAAUAUAAGAGCCUGUCGGUUUGCUGGAGGUCUUCAGGUCACGUUUACCUCCUCGCAUUACAUCGGCGGCUCAGAAAGGCCUUUUCCCAGCAUCCUCAACCUCGAAUUUAACGAAGCCUGCGACGACCU